CCUAAUUCGCAGUUGCUCAGAAAGGGGUCGCUACUCGAGUUGGAUUCGAUCUUUGAUCGUUGCGAUUGGGAUUUAACACGAGUGUUGCAGGUGUGAUGCCAUGGGUUCACUAACUGUUCGUUUCGUAACUUUCGUUCUGCUGUCAUUUCCCGAGCUGCUUCCGUCGACGAAAAGCGACGAGGCGCUUUAUACGCUGAUCCACAAAGUGAGCCCGUGCAAAGCGGUUGUAAACACAACCGGGGAAGUCGUCGAUCUGAAAAGUUUACAGCGAGUUGAUGGCUUGCCGAGGUAUAUGACAACGUUUGUGACUCUGGGCGAGACGUAUAACUACUCGUUCAACCCGUGUGUACCGUACAGCCUUCCACUCGACAACCCUCACAAUGUGUUCGGAGACGGAUGUCACUCUGUGGCGAUCUGCAAGUUCUCCGGCCCGGGGGAAGGGCAGGACAAAGACCAGUACUUCCCACUCGGUCUCCAGUUCUCGGCCCGGGGGAAGCGCAGAACAAAGACCAGUACUUCCCACUCGUCUCUUCAGGUGAACGCCUCUUCCACGCCCACACUGACAGCAACAACAAUAACACCACCUCUCAGCUCAUCUUUACUGGACACAGAUUUAGACAUUGAUGAUUUAUUAAAUGUCAGGUCAAUGAGAUGGAGAAGAACUAUUAUCAAUCUCGUGUGUGACAGCGACAGAGAAGGGACGGAAGAUGGGCUAUUUAAAAUCACAGAAGAUUUAGGCAUUGGAGAUGUGAAAGCAGAACUACAUCAUCGCUGCUGUUGUCUGGACGGCUGCAUUGACGGUGGAAACCAAACAGGAGUGGUAAACGACGGCAAUAUUGCUGAUCGUAGCAUGGUGUUUGUCAUGGUGGGCGUCAUCCUGGGGCUGAUGUUUGUGGCGGCCGUCAUUGGUUGUCUGUGUUAUGUCAAGCGAACACAUUUACAGAUUUACUACAAACUGCCUGGACCAGCCGCACAGUCUAACAUGACUCCAGGAUUACGACUCGCCUCCACCAUGGACAAUGGUAUCCAUAGCAACAACACCCGCCACCCGUCGGUCUCCCAAUCAUCACGCUAUGCUUACAGAGACUACGAGACAGAGUCAAGUCUGAAGAAAAAACUGCUUCCCGUGCUGGAUGAUCCUCUCAUCCCCUUUGACAGCAUCGAGAUGGGACAAAGACUUGGAGGUGGGAUAUUUGGUGACACGCACAUUGCAGAGUGGCAGGACACGGCGGUGGCGCUCAAACGACUUACAAUCAAUAUCCACGGCAACCAGGUCACAGACCACAUCACUGAACUGAUGAAGAGUGAAGUCUGGUUUCUCAGUCGUCAGCGACACAAGAAUAUUGUGGCAGUCCUUGGUCUCUGCAUCGACGGCAAACACCCAUGCAUCGUCACCGACUACGUGACUGGAAGCUGUUUGAAGGACCUCCUCAAGAUCAAAGAUUUCCAGCUGACCUGGCCACAACGAAUUAGGAUUUGCUCUCAUGUAGCCGACGGCGUGGCGUUUCUACAUUCCACGAAACCUCCGAUCAUCCACCGCGACCUGCGCUGUGGAAAUCUGUUUCUCCAUGACGACGACACAGCCAAGGUUGCUGACUUUGGACUGACGAAGUUGCUGCAGCCUUUAAGACAACAGUGUACACGAGAUGACUGCUGCUGUCGUCGUCAGUACAGCGCCUGCCCUGCUAACAUCCGGUGGACGGCGCCAGAGAUCCUAGAACACCCGACAGUCCACGAAGACGAUGCUGUGAUCACUGUGACUGCUGACGUGUUCUCGUUUGGCCUUGUCAUGUGGGAGUUGUUCAUGCGGAAAGAUCCAUUCGAGGAGAUCGCCACUGAACAAGAGGUAAUGGACAUGGUGAAGGGAGGCGGUCGGCCACGACUAACGAACCUACCUAACAUGUUGCACCAGUACAAAGAUCUGAUGCAACGCUGCUGGUCACAGAAAUCACCUGACCGACCAACCAUGAAACAGGUCGCACUGACUCUGAAGGAAAUGCAACACCAGGCACACUCUUUCCAGAAGAUGAUUAACAGACAAACUGAAACCUGAACGAGACACCUGCUAAUAUCAACAAACGCACAACAUCACGUAACUGAGGCAUUACAGAUAAAACUGAAAUCCGAACGACACCUGGCCUAGUACUUAUAAAACUUUUGGAGUCUCGACUCGAGGCACUUAAUUAAUAGAGUGGGCAAGCUAGUGCAUAAUAUAACUGAUCUCUUGCUGCUAAUGGAAUGCCAUGGUAUGUGCUGUCCUGUGUUGGGAAGUGCAUAUAAUUUAUCCAUUACUGCUAAUGGAGAGCCAUGGUAUGUGCUGUCCUGUGUGGGAAAGCUAGUGCAUAAUAUAAUUGAUCCCUUGCUGCUAAUGGAAUGAGAUGGUAUGUGCUGUCCUGUGUGGGAAAGCUAGUGCAUAAUAUAACUGAUCCCUUGCUGCUAAUGGAAUGAGAUGGUAUGUGCUGUCCUGUGUGGGGGAAGUGCAUAUAAUUGAUCUGCUAAUGGGAAAAUAGGACGGGGCCUUUCCCAAUGGUAUAGUACUUACAGUCAGUCUUGGAUUGAUCUCUAUCAAUGGUCCCAUUGGAUUAUUUCUAUUUCCAGCCAGUGCUCCAUAACUGUACUGUCCUGUCUGUGGGAAAGUGCACAUAAAAUGUCACUUGCUGCUAAUAAUGGUAAAAGUUAGAUUUCCUAUGAAGACUAUGUCACAGUUACCAAAUGUUUGACAUGAUGUCACUUGCUGCUAAUAAUGGUAAAAGUUAGAUUUCCUAUGAAGACUAUGUCACAGUUACCAAAUGUUUGACAUGAUGUCACUUGCUGCUAAUAAUGGUAAAAGUUAGAUUUCCUAUGAAGACUAUGUCACAGUUACCAAAUGUUUGACAUGAUGUCACUUGUUGCUAAUAAUGGUAAAAGUUAGAUCUCCUAUGAAGACUAUGUCACAGUUACCAAAUGUUUGACAUGAUGUCACUUGCUGCUAAUAAUGGUAAAAGUUAGAUCUCCUAUGAAGACUAUGUCACAGUUACCAAAUGUUUGACAUGAUGUCACUUGCUGCUAAUAAUGGUAAAAGUUAGAUCUCCUAUGAAGACUAUGUCACAGUUACCAAAUGUUUGACAUGAUGUCACUUGCUGCUAAUAAUGGUAAAAGUUAGAUCUCCUAUGAAGACUAUGUCACAGUUACCAAAUGUUUGACAUGAUGUCACUUGCUGCUAAUAAUGGUAAAAGUUAGAUCUCCUAUGAAGACUAUGUCACAGUUACCAAAUGUUUGUCAUGAUGUCACUUGCUGCUAAUAAUGGUAAAAGUUAGAUUUCCUAUGAAGACUAUGUCACAGUUACCAAAUGUUUGACAUGAUGUCACUUGCUGCUAAUAAUGGUAAAAGUUAGAUCUCCUAUGAAGACUAUGUCACAGUUACCAAAUGUUUGACAUGAUGUCACUUGCUGCUAAUAAUGGUAAAAGUUAGAUCUCCUAUGAAGACUAUGUCACAGUUACCAAAUGUUUGACAUGAUGUCACUUGCUGCUAAUAAUGGUAAAAGUUAGAUCUCCUAUGAAGACUAUGUCACAGUUACCAAAUGUUUGACAUGAUGUCACUUGCUGCUAAUAAUGGUAAAAGUUAGAUUUCCUAUGAAGACUAUGUCACAGUUACCAAAUGUUUGACAUGAAAUGGCCAAUGUUAUGUGCUCUAGUGGUGAUGUUAAACAAAACAAAAAUUCUUACGUUUGUCAACAAUCAUAGAUGUUAACAAUCCAGUAAUUAUUUACUGACAACAUAUUUUUAUUUACAGUUAUACAUGUAUGGUGUCGGACAUACAUGUAUGGUUAAGAAUCGUACAGAUAAUCAGAGAGGAAACCUGCUGCUCUAAUUCCAUGGGCUAGUCUGUUUAGAAGCAAGGGAUAUUUUAUAUGCACCAUCCAAAACAGGACAGUACAUUCCAUGCCUUUUGCUGGAAUGUCAAAUGGGGCCCACUGAUGAGGAUCAGUCAUAGAUCUUAUAUUGAUUGCAAACCAGGCAAGAGCUUUGCCACAGGAUUAUCUCGUGGCACUAUGAUGCACAGUCGGUGUGGGAUCGAUCCCUGUCGGUGGGCCCAUUGGGCUAUUUCUCGUUCCAGCCAGUGCACCACGACUGGUAUAUCAAAGGCUGUGGUAUGUACUACCCUGUCUUUGGGAUGG